AUGCGAACGGAGAUUGAAACGAGAUACGAACGCUUGAAGGCGUUGGUGGUCGUGAAUACGCGACAUUUGGACGCCGGUCGAGGUGGGGAGGCGCGCGAGGGCGCCGAGCCGAACGACGUGACGCAGUUGAGCGCGGGUGGAGGCCAGGUUUAG